AUGUCUGGGCUCGAGGCGGUCGGCGUCGUCAGCAGCAUCAUCCAAAUAGCCGACCUCGGUGCACGCGUGGCCCUGAAGCUAUGCACAUUCUGCCACAAGGUCAAACAAGCAGAGGCCAACAUCCAGAAUCUCUCCAAGGACAUCUCCCUUACAUGUAAUGUUCUGCGACAGCUCAGCGACAAUCUGAAACAAGAUGACCAGAUCCAGCUCUACUCGCAAAACGCGUUUGAGACAGCCCAGGAAAUUCUCGAUGAAUGCGGGCGGAUUUUUCGAAGCAUUGAAUCCGCCAUGGACCAGGACUUGCCCCCCUUUGAUACAUCUUUUGAAACCAAGAAGAGCAACCCUUUUCUCAAGUUUUCUCGGAAAUUGAAUGUCGUCUUCAAGGAGCCACAGUUGAAUGUUCUCCAGACCAACUUGGACAGCCUGAAGAACACCAUGCUACUGAUGCUGAACGUAAUUAUUUAUACGGGUCAGUUGAAGAACAGAGAAAUAGAAACGUCCAAGACAGGCCAAAAAGAGCUCGUCGAGAUACUAGCGCAACAGAAACACGAGUCCGACCAAAAGUUCGAGCGAUUGACAAGGGCCAUUGAAGGCGUCCAGUUAGAUGACAAGAACCCAGUCACGAUAAAUACUGUUGACGUUUAUGACUCUGAUUCCCCAGCGCUACCUACCAAACUCGCAGAACUUGCUUACCGUCCAGAAGUAACGGCUGAUCAAUUCACCCUGAUAACUUCCGAAAUCGAAACAUACUCAGCACUUAUUAAAGGCAUUUUGAAAAGGGUACAGACCACCGAUGCUCUUCUAGCCACAAAUCGUUAUGAGCGAAUCAAACAGGCCGUCUUGGAUGCGCAUGCGAGAGAACUUCGAAUUUUCAGCACCGAAUACGGAGAGGACGGUGCGCAGCUUUUCGCAAAGUUGUGUCAGGGGCCAUUAUUCGAUGGAAUCUACCAACGCUUUGUGAAGGAGCAACUCGUACAUGUAGUUGCCGAAACUAACAGGGGGAGGGAGAAAGAACUGAGAUUGCAAAAAGUGGAACCUGAAAUGUUUAAAUUCGAAGGGUCUGUGUCCUUCAGUGAAGAGAAAAGGAGAGCAAACAUCUUCAUGUACAUUUGGACCGGAACAGGCCCGGUGUUGAGUUUGGGAUGCAAUUUCACCAUCAGCUUAGCUCUUACACUCCUAUGCGGGCGAUUAUCCCACGGUCUAUAG